GCCCCGGGGCGCGGCGCGGCGCGGGCGGCAGCAUGGUGGAGAAGCGCUGCCCGCUGCAGAGGGACGGCGUGUACCGCUGGUUCUCGGAGCUGCCGUCGCCGCAGCGCGUGGAGUUCCUGUGCGGCCUGCUGGACCUGUGCAUCCCGCUCGAGCUGCGCUUCCUCGGCUCGUGCCUCGAGGACCUGGCCCGCAAGGACUACCACUCGCUGCGCGACUCGGAGAUCAAGGCCAACAACCCGGCCGACCUGGGCAGCCUCACCAACCUGACCGACGAGGUGGUGCGCAGCAAGCUCCUGGUGUCGCUGGCGCUGCUGGGCUCGGAGCAGCGCGAGGCGGCGGGCGUGCUGUACCGCACGCUCACGCACAUCGACUCCAUCAUCCACAACUACGGGCUGCAGCUCAACGAGGGCCGCACGGGCGAUGAGUUCCUGCUGCUCUUCACCAUGGCCUCCAACCACCCGGCCUUCAGCUUCCACCAGAAGCAGGUGCUGCGCCAGGAGCUCACGCAGAUCCAGAGCAGCCUGAGCAGCGGCGGCGGCGGCGGUGGCGGCGGCGGCGGGGGCCACGGCGGCAAGAGCGCGCUGCCCACCUGCCCGGCCUGCCACAAGGUAACUCCAAGAACCGAGGCUCCCGUCAGCAGCGUGAGUAAUAGUUUGGAGAACGCACUACACACAUCAGCACAUUCCACGGAGGAGUCGCUGCCCAAGAGGACUGUGGGGAAACACUCCAAAGUGAGUGUUGAAAAGAUAGACCUGAAGGGAUUGUCACACACAAAAAAUGAAAGAAAUGUUGAAUGUUCCUUUGAGGUCUUGUGGUCUGAUUCUUCAGUAACAUCAGUAACCAAAUCUUCCUCUGAAGUGACUGAAUUUAUGUCAAAGUUACCUCAGCUGUACCCUGAAGAAAAUCUGGAGAAAUUCAUUCCUUGCUUGGCUGGCCCAGAUUCCUUUUACGUAGAGCGAAGCCACAUGGAUCUGGAAGCGGACCUGAGGUAUUUGACUUCAUUACCUUCUCAUGUAUUGAAAAAUGACCACAUUAAGAAAUUUUUCAGCACUUCAUCUCCCACCCAACAGCUUCAAAGUCCAAGUCCUGGCACCCCUUCCCUUUCCAAAGUGGGCACCGUGAUGGGCGUGUCUGGAAGGCCCGUGUGUGGCGUGGCCGGCAUCCCCUCCUCUCAGAGCGGCGCCCAGCACCACAUGCAGCACUCGGCCAGCGCGGCCGCCUUGCCCCACUGCUCCCAUGCGGGGGGUGCCGGCUCAGCCCUGGCCUACCGGGCCCAGAUGGACACGUCGCCCGCCAUCCUGAUGCCCUCCAGUCUGCAGACCCCUCAGACCCAGGAGCAGAAUGGGAUCUUAGACUGGCUUAGGAAACUGCGCUUGCACAAGUAUUACCCCGUCUUCAAACAGCUCACGAUGGAGAAGUUUCUGAGCCUUACUGAGGAAGAUCUAAAUAAAUUUGAAUCCCUCACCAUGGGAGCAAAGAAAAAACUCAAGACUCAGCUAGAGCUGGAGAAGGAGAAGUCAGAGAAACGGUGCCUGAACCCUGCAGCUCCACCCCCGGUCACCGGCAGCGGAGUGGCUCGCGUCCCCCCGACCAGCCACGUGGGUCCCGUGCAGACCAUGCGAGGCGCCCACGCUGCAGCGCUGCGGGUGGAAGUGGAGCAGCCCCCUCACCAGACGGCCCGGGAAGGCAGCUCCUCCGAGUGCUCCAGCUCCUCGCCCAGCCCGAUGGGGGUGCAGGCCCGGGAAGAGAGCUCGGACAGCGCCGAGGAGAACGACAGACGUAAGGACGCCCGGCGUGCCGAGCGCUCUGCUGGCCCUGCGCUGGCCCGGGGCGGCGCGCUGACCGCUCUGUCCCCGUCUCUAGGUGUGGAGAUUCACUUGGAGGGCUCGGACAAGGAGAAGCCCGUCAUGCUCCUGAACCACUUCGCUUCAAGCUCUGCCAGGCCCACGGCCCAGGUUCUCCCCGUGCAGAACGAGGCGGGCUCCAGUCCAUCGGGCCACCACGCCCUGCCCCCCCAGAUGAUGGCUGCGGCCUCACACCUGGCGCCCAUCCGGAUGCUGAAUUCCGUGCACAAGUCGGAGAGGGGGGGCGCGGACAUGAAGCUCCUCCCGCCUUCUGUGCAUUCGCUGCUGUCUCUCGAAGAACGGAGUAAGCUCUCGGGACCAAGAGGCGGCAUCAAAGUGGACAAGAACUUCGGCCACGCUGUGAUCGACGCGGCCCCCACACCCGGCCCCCAGCAGCCCCUGCAGGUCCUCUCCGCGCUUGCCGAGAGCAGCGCCGUGUCACCCACCGUCUCCUUUGGUCCCCGCGCCAAAGUCGUGCACACGUCCGCGCUGGACAGAGUCCUGAAGCCGGCCCCGCAGCCCGCCCCGGGCGGGGAGACCAGCACCGCUGCUGCGGGCACGUCCAGCACCGUCUUCCACGUGGCUCGGCCCCCCAUCAAACUCCUGGUGUCUUCAUCCGUCCCCGCGGAUUCUGCCAUUUCCGGGCAAACUCCCUGUUCUAAUAACGUGCAAAUAAGCGUGCCCCCUGCAAUAAUAAACCCCCGGACUGCCCUGUACACCGCCAACACCAAAGCUGCCUUCUCUGCGAUGAGCAGUGUGCCCGUGGGGCCCCUGCAGGGCGGCUUCUGUGCGAACAGCAACACUGCCUCCUCCAGCAGCCACCCCUCCACGUCCUUCGCCAGCAUGGCCACCGUGCCCAGCUGCCCGGCCCCCAGCUCCAGCCCCGCGCUCUCCUCGGCCCCCGAAAGCAGUUUCUACAGCGGCGGCGGCGGCUCCGGCUCCCCCGGGAACAUUCCCGCCUCCGCCCAGAACCACCACCACCACCACCACCAUCAGCAGCAGUCGGCGCCCCAGCAGGCCGCGCCCGCGCCGCCCCCGGGCUGCGUCGUGUGCACGUCGUGCGGGUGCAGCGGCAGCUGUGGCUCCAGCGGCCUGACCGUCAGCUACGCCAACUACUUCCAGCACCCGUUCUCGGGGCCGUCCGUCUUCCCCUUCCCCUUCCUGCCCUUCAGCCCCGUGUGCGGCAGCGGCUACGUGGGCGCCCAGCAGUACGGCGGCGGCGCCUUCCCCGUGGUGCACUCGCCCUAUGGCGGCGGCGUGCCCCCCGAGCCCGUGCUGGGCGGCCAGUCGGCCUUCGCCGUGCCGCCCGUGCAGAGCUUCAUGGCGGGCGCGGCGGGCGUGUACCAGGCGCCGGGGCUGGUGGGCGGCGGCGGCGGCGGCGGCGGCGGUGGCGGCGGCGGCCCGGGCCAUAAGAAGAGUGGCAACUUGUCGUGUUACAACUGCGGGGCCACGGGGCACCGCGCUCAGGACUGCAAGCAGCCGUCCAUGGACUUCAAUCGGCAAGGUACUUUUAGGUUGAAAUAUGCCCCUCCAGCAGAAAGUCUGGACUCCACAGACUGAUAUUUUCCUCUGGCAACAGAACACUAUUAAGCCAUGGAGACAUAAGGAAAUUAAAUACAAGACCGAGAAGUCUAGUUGCUGUUGAGCUUAAUAUUUUUAAUCCAAAGGUGCUUUACUUUACUAGACUGGAUAGAAAACCUAGUGUAGGAGUGCAUCAAACUCAGUUUUAUUGCCAAAAUCCUAGAUUGGAGCUUGACGUCAGGACUCGCCUGGUCGGCGCCUCCACCGUGGUCGCGAUGCAGAGACCUCCGUCUCCCGAGGAGCAUCGCCAUCCUCGGUCCUUCCAGGCUCACAUGUAAUUCCAGGGCAGCUACGCAAGAUCGGACUCGAGUACUGAGGGUCGGAGUUCCCUGCGUGGCGUUCCACCAGUCGGACUCUGGUCACCCCUGGGUGAGGGAAAAUGUCGCCUCUGUUUUGUUCUGUUUUUGUUUUGUUCUGUUCCUUGAGUGGUUAGACACUAAUCUCUCUGGGCUUUUUAAGGAUUGCACUACAGAAGAAUGUAAACUGAUGCCAGUCUCUGCGGUUUUGGGAGACAGACUCCCUGAGACCAGUCAGUGCAAGACACUCGGAGAAUCUGCGUUUAAGGAGUUGGCACCAGCAGGCCGCGUGACUUGGUACACGACAAAGAUGUCAGCGUCUCCUUCCCUCCUUAAAACACUUGCAGCAGUUUCAGGUUUUCCUUUUCCUUUUUUUUUUUUUUUUCUGCGAAUACAUUUAAACUACAUUAUUAAAUAGAAAUAGUUACUCGCAACAACUUAAUAUCUUAAGGGUCCAAGUCCCAGAGAAUCCCUAGUUGUCAGAGCUUUGAGAAUCCUUCCUCCCCAGCCCGUCAGUAGCGUGGAGUCUUGGUCGUCUCCCACCGCGACGGAGCUCUCGCAGGGACAUGGUAACCGCCCGGCCUUCGUGGGCUGGCUCCGAGGGACGCUACGACACCCUUAGCAAAGUUGGCAAGUUCUUUUAUGUCACACGGAUCUCCCGAGGCCCCCAAGGCUGACUGCUAACGGAUUCACACUGGAGACAGACAUUUCAACAAUGAUACAGUCCUGUAACUUAGGAGCAAAAGAUUCGAAACGUUCUCCUGUCCACUUCUUUUGUAUUAGGCUGUGUAUUAAUGGUUAGUUCCGUGAGAAGUUACCUGGAAAACUACAAUAGAAAGUGGUAAGACUCUGAAAGAGGCCGCACCAACAGGACAGAGCCACAAGAUCUGCACAAGUGUGGUUUUAUCCAACGUGGGAAACAAAUCCUCCCCACACAGCUCUCGGUGUCACCCCAUUGCAAUGAAAGUUGCUUGGUCUGAAAUGUAGGGACUUAAAUCUUCAAAGCUAAAGGGAGUUUUCUGCUCAAAUAACAAUAUUACUUUAAACACUAAAGCCUUCCAUAUUAAAAUACUGAUUGGUUAGGCCUUGCCCAGGGAUUUUGCAGUGGAGUAUGUAUUAAAAAAAAAAAAAUCAUAAUACUCAGACCGUUCUUAAAAUGGGACAAUCAGCCUCAUGCCGAAUUGGUAUAAAUCAAAAGAAUACCCUAGAAUUUGAGGCACUGUGAUGUGAGGCUUCAAAUUUUAUGAUCCGUUUCCUGGCUGCAGAGAUACUAAAGCAGAGUUGUUACAUUUUUUAAUGAAAGGCUUUUAGUAGUUUUUUAGCGUUUUAUUUUAGUAGAGUUUCAUUUCUAUGCAAUGCAGAAUGGACAGACCUCUGUACGCGUCUCUCUUCCCAGUGCACAGUAUUACGUACGGUUUUGAAGCAAUGGUGAUGCUUACGGCAACUUUUUUGGGGGAAUGUGACAUUGAUCUCUUAAUUGUAAACACUACAAAAUGUCAAAAUAACGAGAACUGACACAACUUUGCCUUAAAGAGUACGAGCCUGGAACUUGUCAUAUGAUGUUAGAGGAAGACUUGGGAGUGUCCACUGAUGUUUACGAUUUUAAUAUUUCUGAAGGCCGUUAUGGUGGCCUGGACAUGUGCUGAAAGCCAAACUUUUAAAUUUUUUGGUUUUUUAAAAAAAAAAAAAAAAAAAGAAAUAUUUUAAAUAAAUCCUAUUUCAACACAGUGAAAUUGUUGAAAACUG